AUGGAAAGCCAAGGAUAUAAAAAACUCUCUACCAAUGAAGUUGAGGAAUCCAGAGAGUCCUUUUUGUCUCUUCUCUUCUUCCAUCAGAUGAGUGAUGUUCUCAAGACGGGCAAUAAGCGAAAUUUAGACGAGAAGGACUUUCUACCUCUUUUAGAGGAACACACUUCCUUCUCAACAACUAAAAAGCUUCAAAAGAAAUGGAACAGUGAAAUUACAAAGAGCCAAGAAAGUGGUAGAAGACCGAGACUUUGGAGAAGCAUUAUAAAAACUAUCAUUAUUCGGGAAGUGGCUACUAUUAUUUUUGCAGAAGCUUUAAAUUUUAUAAACCGUAUGAUUCAGCCUCUGCUUCUUGCAUAUCUAAUCUCAGCACUGACCUCAGAUAAUCACCAUUACACUCUUAUGACGUACGGAGUUGCCAUAGCAAUGGGCAUUAGUCCUUUGAUAGGCUCCUUUGGACUCCAUCAUAGGGCAUAUUGCAGCGAACUGUUUGGAAUAAAAGUCAGCAGCGCCCUCAAAGGUCUCGUUUACAUCAAGACUCUCCUUCUCAGCAAGGAUGCCUUGGUGAACGUUUCAACUGGUCGGGUGAUUGACCUUAUAUCAAACGAUGUUCAGAGGAUGGUAGAAGCGCCCUUUUGGUUUUUCCCCUUAGCUUAUGUAUGGCUGGACAUUUUCUUGGCUUCGUUUAUCCUUGCCUUCUUUAUUGGCUGGCAGGCCGUCUUGGGAGUGAUUUUCUUAUGUGUUCUUGUGCCAUAUUACGCCGAGCUUUCCAGUAUGAACGCUCUAAUGCGCCAGCGAACCUCAGUGGAGACUGAUCAGCGACUUUCCCUGAUAACUGAAGUGGUUUCCGGGAUCCGCACGAUAAAAGCAUUUGCGUGUGAGAAUGGUUACCGCGAGAAAAUACGGAGCAAAAGGAGGUAUUGGGAAUCAUUGUAA